CGCUGCUCAUGAAACAGAUGCUUAUCACCGCUACUCAGUGAUGCGUGUCGGGGCAUUGAGAGCCCUCUGUAAGGAAAAGGGCUUACCUUCUGACGGUCGCAAAGAAGAUCUCGUGAACCGUCUUUGUAACAAUUGCAGCACCGCCUAUUCUGGUCUAAUUAAUGCAAGAGUAGCAUCAUCAUCAACCACUGGAAGUUCUCCCGGGUCGACGACUUCAAAGUCUCCUACUGAUGUCACUAUCACUGAAGGAGUUCCCUCAGAGGAGGGUAUUACUACUCCUCAUGCGCCUCCAUCGGCAGCGUCAUCAGGGGAAGGCGAUGGGAGCUCGAAUAACAGCCGCCUGACUACUACUGAGCUCCAUGAACUAGCAAGUAUUGCCGAUGAGAUAAGGCACAUAAGGAAGCAAACGGAAUUCAGUCUCCUGCGCGUAGCUGGGCUAAUCACGGACUAUCCCUCGGCAUCGACACGCCUUGCUCCUGACACUCGCUAUGGUGCAGCGCAGAAGGCGACACCUUAUGGAUUUCCGGUCGCAGCUCCUACUUCUAGAGCUACCGUAUCGCUGCAUCACUCUCAGCAGCAGCACGAGCAGUAUUGGUCGUACGAACGACAACUAAGCCUAGGAUCUCACUGAUGUGCUACUAGCCACAAGAAGUCUCGGCACUGGUGUGAAGAACCUCAUAAUAAUGUCAUUAUCAUCCUUCUGUUGUCCCACUCAUUCCCUAUCUCAUUCUUUCCUUUUUGUCUGUCUCAUCGUAUUCUCAUUGAAGUGAAGUUAUGUGAGCUAUACCAGCAGCUGUGUGGCUAUUGCUGCUCACAUUAGCUGGUAUUCGCAGCUAGCAGAACACAGAAUCGCCCUCAAGAAUUCGUUCACGCGUUACUAUAGUCCGGGCAAGCCUCUUUUCGACGGAGUAUGCUUGUGAUGUGUUCCGCGCCGGCGAAG